CCUUGAACAAUGCAGUAACACAGCCUGUCUGCUUACUUAAAUUCCUACAACUGGGAUCCUAGGUUGCCAAAAUAGCACAGCUAUGUGGCCAAAAUAGCAUAUAAAUUUAGAGAUAGCGUACCGAAAGGUUAAACGUCGAAGCCACAAUUAAACGAGAAGUGAGAAGUGCUGAAUGCCAGAGAUCUUAGAGGGAGCCACCACCUGUAAAUAUACGAUAUGAGUACUCAGCGUUUGACUUCAGCGUCGAAAUGUCACACAUAUGGUGAUAAGUGCUUGCCAAAGUCCACGAGAAUCUAUAAAGAUGGCGACGUGUUAUUCAGACUUUCGGGGAUGUAGAAGAACAGGCUUCGACCUCCGAUAUGUCUGUCUGUCAGGAUCACGACGAAAACGUAUUUUCUGAUGCACGAAAUGAAAAACAUAUAUACAUUACGUCCUAAGGAAGAAACAAGUGUAUGGAAGACAAAUCAAGAAGAUUUUAUAAUUAUAUGUCACGAGGUGAACGAUUUAUUAGACGUACUAUACAUUACUUAUUCAAAAAUGUUGUUGUUUUUCGUGAAUAAGGUCUGAUUUAUUAGUUAGGAACGAUCAAAAUGAAUAAAGACGUUUUCACCCAAAGUUUUCCAACUUGGAUUAGUAUACUUUCAUUAUGGUACUUUUUGGUUCCACCAACGAUGGCGUCAGUAGAUAACUCAACUAAAUGUAAAGAAGGUUUAAUAUUACCUCUGUGGCUACCCAGUGAAAAUUUAAGUACUGGGGAUAUAGUAGCAAGAGGAAUAGUGUAUUUUUUAGCUCUAGCUUACAUGUUUGUGGGCGUAUCGAUAAUAGCUGAUCGUUUUAUGACGUCAAUUGAAGUAAUUACCUCCAAAGAAAAGGAAGUUGUUAUUAAAAAACCGAAUGGUGAGAAACAAACCAUUAGUGUUAGAAUUUGGAAUGAAACCGUUUCCAACCUAACUCUCAUGGCUUUGGGUUCUUCUGCACCAGAAAUUCUUCUCUCUAUCAUUGAAGUUUACGGCCAGAAUUUUGAAGCAGGAGAACUUGGCCCUGGAACUAUAGUUGGCAGUGCAGCCUUUAACAUGUUUGUAAUCAUCGCUAUUUGUGUUUAUUCCAUUCCCGAAGGGGAAUGUAGAAAAAUCAAGCAUUUAAGAGUGUUUAUUGUUACCAUGACAUGGAGUGUUUUUGCAUACAUCUGGCUCUAUUUGAUUUUGACUUGGUCGUCCUAUGGCGUCAUCGAGGUGUGGGAAAGUGUGGCAACGUUUUUUUUCUUCCCUGCUACUGUCCUAACAGCGUAUAUCGCUGACCGACGUCUGCUUAUUUAUAAGUAUCUUUCGAAAAAGUAUUGGGUCACUAAGCACGGGAUAAUCGUGGGGAAUGAGGGAGAAGACCUUGAGAUGGGGAGUACGAAAGUUAACCACUUGCCCGAUGGGGAUAUCAAGAUGUUUAAUGAAGAGGGGAAUGAAGAACUUCGAGAAUUUGAAGAGCAUCGAAAGAAAUAUAUUGACAUUCUUCGAGAGCUUCGUCACAAAAAUCCUGACUGCCCGAUAGAAGAUUUGGAGAUAAUGGCCCGCGAAGAAAUCCUUAACCGUGGUCCAAAGAGUCGGGCCUACUAUCGCAUCCAGGCCACUCGGAAAUUGACUGGAGGAGGAAACCUCGUGAAACGGAAACUUGAAAGACAAGAGAUGAAGAAGGGGGAGGAGGAGGUUAUGGAGAAGGAAGAAGUGAUCAGUAUUGGUUUCGACCCUUGUUAUUACACAGUGAUGGAAAAUGUCGGGGAGUUCGCCAUCACUGUCAGCAGAGAAGGGGGUGUUAGUCAUACAAUUUGUGUCGACUUCCAGACGGAAGACGGAACUGCUAAUGCUGGUUCUGACUUCGAAUAUGUGGAGGGGACGUUGGUGUUUCGCCCUGGAGAAACACAUAAACAGAUCUACGUCACUGUUAUCGAUGAUGACGUAUUUGAAGAAGAUGAACAUUUCUAUGUGCGAUUAACUAACCCCAGAUAUUUGGGUUCAGAUGGCCCGGCUGGCUCAAUGAAUGGUUCUAUCGGUAACAUGGGGCUGCGUCCCCCUAUCCAACUAUCUACACCAUUUCUCGCCACUGUAAUGAUUUUAGACGAUGACCACAGUGGCAUAUUCGCUUUUCCCGAAGUGGAGUUUGAAACAAACGAGUCUGUUGGACUAUACACUUUGAAAGUGUGUCGGUACAGCGGUGCCCGUGGCACAGUGAUCGUACCGUUCAAAACCUUAGAUGGAACCGGCAAAGGGGACAGGGACUACGAAAAACUUGAAGGAGAAAUUGUCUUCGAAAACAAUGAAACAUGGUAA